GUGUUGCGCAUGCACGCUGGCUUUGGCGUGUAAAUCUCCAUCAGUGUCUGUCUGAAUCUUCCUGCUUCUGCGCCGGAACACGAGAGAGAAGAAGAGACGAGCCCGUCACCUAAAACACAGGGGGAAAUCUCACAAUUCACCAUCAUAGCCGCUGCAGGAUCGCUCUGGAAGCUCCACCAUCGCUUUAUCCCGGUUGUUGAGAGCCGACGGCGGCGGGUGUCAUUGAGCUGCGGGGCGUCGCUUCUCCAAACGCGCAUCGGGAACCAUUAUUACAGUUGAGAUCAGCAGAGAUGUCCGGAUACCAGGGCAAGAAGAACAUCCCUCGCAUCACCAGUGACCGUCUGCUCAUCAAAGGAGCGAAGAUCGUCAACGAUGAUCAGUCUUUCCAUGCAGACAUCUAUAUGGAGGAUGGAGUUAUCAAGCAAAUUGGAGAAAACCUCAUCGUUCCCGGCGGUGUGAAGAUCAUCGAGGCUCACGGACGGAUGCUGAUUCCCGGCGGCAUCGAUGUUCACACACGUUUCCAGAUGCCCGACCGGGGAAUGACGGCUGCGGAUGAUUUCUAUCAGGGCACACGAGCUGCUCUCGCCGGCGGCACCACUAUGAUCAUGGAUCAUGUGGUGCCAGAGCCGGGUGUCAGUCUGAUCUCUGCCUUUAACCAGUGGAGGGAAUGGGCUGAUCAGAAGUCCUGCUGUGAUUACUCUCUUCAUGUCGAUGUCACUGAGUGGCACAAGGGUCUGCAGGAGGAGAUCGAGAUGCUGGUCAAAGAUCACGGCGUCAACUCUUUUCUGGUUUAUCUGGCGUACAAAGACAUCUUCCAGCUCAAUGACUCCCAGAUGUAUGAGGUUUUCAGUGUGAUCCGGGACCUGGGUGCCAUCGCUCAGGUUCAUGCAGAAAACGGAGACAUCAUCGCUGAGGAGCAGAAGAGGAUUCUGGGAUUGGGCAUCACUGGUCCUGAGGGACACGUCCUGAGCCGCCCAGAGGAGGUGGAAGCCGAGGCUGUGAACCGGGCCGUGACCAUCGCUAACCAGACCAACUGUCCGCUGUAUAUUACCAAAGUCAUGAGCAAGAGCGCAGCCGACGUCAUCGCACAGGCCAGGAAAAAAGGAACCGUGGUUUACGGCGAGCCCAUCUCUGCCAGCCUAGGAACAGACGGCACUCACUACUGGAGCAAGAACUGGGCCAAAGCUGCGGCCUUCAUCACAUCUCCACCACUGAGCCCCGACCCAACCACACCGGACUACCUCAACUCACUGCUAGCCUGUGGUGAUCUGCAGGUGACGGGCAGCGCUCACUGCACCUUCAACACAUCUCAGCGGGCCGUCGGUAAAGACAACUUCACCUUCAUCCCUGAGGGAACCAACGGCACCGAGGAGAGAAUGUCCAUCAUCUGGGACAAGUGUGUGGUUACAGGUAAGAUGGAUGAAAACCAGUUUGUGUUAGUGACGAGCACCAACGCAGCCAAGAUCUUCAACCUGUACCCACGCAAGGGCCGCAUCGCUGUGGGCUCUGAUGCCGAUCUGGUGCUCUGGGACCCCGAUGCCACCAAAAUCAUCUCCGCCAAGAGUCACCACCUGGCGGUGGAGUAUAACAUCUUCGAGGGUAUGGAGGUGCGUGGAGCUCCUCUGGUGGUCAUCAGUCAAGGGAAGGUUGUCCUCGAGGAGGGAAACCUGCACACUACUGAGGGCUCUGGACGCUACAUCAGCCGCAAACCCUUCCCAGACUACGUCUACAAGAGGAUAAAGGCCCGCAGCAGGCUUGCUGAGCUCCGUGGAGUCCCGCGAGGUCUGUAUGAUGGUCCGGUGUGUGAGGUCACUGUGACGCCUAAGGUCAUGACCCCUGUGACCUCUGGUAAAACUUCGCCAGUUAAACCUGCACCUCAACCCGUUCGCAACCUGCACCAGUCGGGAUUCAGCCUGUCAGGGGCUCAAGUCGACGAUAAUGUCCCCCGUCGUACCACUCAGCGCAUUGUGGCUCCUCCAGGUGGCAGAGCCAACAUCACCAGCCUGGGAUAAACUCAGUCAUUCCCUCCACAGAGAAGGAAAGGAUGGGGUGGGAUGGGGGAUUAAAUAAAAAAACUUGGGCUUUUCCUCUGGGACCCGUCCAACCAUCUGGACUGCUUCCCGACAAGCACACCUCCACUUCCUACAGCACUUCCAGAUCCCUUCAUCCACCCAAAUCCCAUCCUUUUAACUCUAGUCUCCUGUUUUUUGACUGUGUCUUACUUAUACGAACAGAUUUCAAGAUGACUUGACACAGACCUGGAUACAUACUAUACUAGUACAGUAAGUGGGAUAUGUUAUUCUAAAUCGCAUAUUAGCAUACUACUAAUUCCUAAAUACAAAAUGAUUAGCCUUCUUGUGAAAUUAUAAAUAUUUUUCUGAUACCUGAUAAAAGUCUUGUUGAUCCAAGUUGUAAGAGCACCAAACAAUAACUUGACCUCUAGUUUAUCAUUUGGAAAAGUGGCAGAAGGUCGAUUUUUCUGAUGAAUCAUCUGUUGAGCUGCAUCCCAAUCAUCACAAAUACUGCAGAGGACCUACUGGAACACACAU